GUCCAAAACUGUAUUUAUUGGAUGUUUGAUCUGACAGAAACAAUGAUAAAUAUAGCUGCACACACUGCUAUAGCGGGGUCCCAAUCUUCUCUGGAAUCUUUUCAUUUUUUCUCUAUUGGCGACUGUUCAGUCUCUCUUUUCUGAACCUCUUUGACUCUUUGACUUUAACUCGUAGUGGACGAGCCUUCAUCAUGCCGUGCUUCAUCAUCCUGGUCUUCCUCCUGAUACGGUGCUUCAUCUUCACGAGCAGCAGCUGUCAGAGCGACAGGAACCAGGAUCAUCGACCGCGUGUGAGCUGUGUGGGUCAGGGACUGACCGCUGUUCCCCAGGGCAUACACACAGACACACAGGUCCUGGUCCUCACUGGAAACCAGUUCACUUCUCUGUCCUGGUCCAUGUAUUCUGGAUUCACAGAGCUGCACGAGCUGGACCUGAGCCACAAUAACAUCAGCACACUGCAGCCGCCGGGUCCAGUGCUGGAGAAGCUGAGCGUCUUGCGUUUGUCUGGUAACAUGUUAACUGGUUUGGGAGGACUGGUGUUCCGCUGCGCUCCCAGUCUGAUGGAGAUCUACUUAGACAGGAACCAGAUUGGUUCCCUUCAGAACGACACCUUCAGUGACCUGCCGCGUCUGGAGGUCAUUAAUCUGUCUCAGAACAAGCUUCCUGUGCUCCCUCCUCGUCUCCUGGAUCUCGUGUCCUCCAGCAGCCUGAAGACCUUCGACCUGGAGAAUAACUCUCUCUCGCUGAUGCCCGAUGGGUUCUUCUCAUCCAAACCGGAGCUUCCUUAUGUUUACCUCACCCACAAUCCCUGGCUCUGCAGCUGUGCUGUCGGAUACCUCCACAGCUUCCUGAACGACCAGGAACACAACAUCUACAUGCACGAGGGACUAUAUAACAUCAUCUCUGCCGCCGACUCCGUGCUGUGUUCUGGACCUCCUCACCUGCUCAGACGACCCAUCAUUGAGCUGGAGGAGAGCGACUUCUGUCCACCAGAUCCCCCUCAUCCCAGCGGUGACCAAUAUACCAAACCCUUUUGUAUUCUUUCAGAUCUUGAACAUCCCCGUGUUGUUCCGACAAACUAAGUGUAACCAAUUUCCCCAACUCAGACGCCGACUGCUCUACAGGACGCUGCCAGACGCCCACCUGCUCCAUUCCACCAAAUCAUGGACCUCCAUUGAAAAGUAUUGGGUCACUGAGACCUGGACCAACAUCUGGUAUAAAUUCUGGAUAUUUUAUCUCGACUCCUACCAGUCUCUUUCUUCCCACAUAAGCCGUCCAAGAACCAAACACAUGGAAAACACCCACGGUCCAACCAGAAAAGCGGACCAUUAAAACAUGGAAAUAAUUGCCUUAUUUACAUAUACAUCUAUUAAUUCACCAGAAAUGACUUAGUCCAGAUCAAAUGUUUAACAGCUUCAAACCAUUGAUGAAUUGAUCAAAUAGUGUAAAGAUGUGUCAGAUUGCUGUUAUACCUGACAACACAACUGAACCUGUUAUUCGUAAUCUCACCUGUGCUCAUAUACCUGUAUAUUAAUCAUAGUCAGAUAUAGUCAGUAGAAUUCAUGCAGAAUCUCAUUAGUUAUCCUACAUUCCAUUAUUAUAUUAAAAAUGGACU